UAUUGUUUUGUGAUGGUUGAGCCGGUGUUUUUAUUUAUCAAAAGUUUUAGUUUUCGGUGUAAAGUUUUCUCAAUGUCUGAGGGAAUUACAUGAAAAGCAGCCAUUUUGGUUACGUUCGCUUCGUUGGCCUCGGGCAAAUGACUAGGAGUUCACCCAUUUCUGUGUGUAGUGGUACGCUGUGCGUACCAAUACCUGACGUCUUUCCUAGCGCAGUAGUGAGUGCCGUAGUUUACUGUGGGAGGUCCCAGGCUCUAACCUACAAACAACCAUGGAGCACGCGCAAAUCCAGACUGACGGUGCUCAGGUGAUGACAAUUAAUGGUCAGCAACUGCAAGUGCUGCAAAUGAAUAACAAUCCUCACAUGAUUCAAGGUCCGAACGGACAGCAGAUUGUCAUCCAUGCAAUACCGUCCACUGCUCCCACCAUACAGGUGGCGACGCCAGGUGGUCAACAACUGCAACAGUUACAAGUCCUACCAUUGUCCAGUCUUCAAGGUGCCAGCAACAACAUUCAGCCAAUGCAGCUGGUACAGACUCCGGACGGACAGACGUACAUCUACCAGCCGGCCGCCAGUGCCCCGCAGCCGCAGUUGGACCAGCACCAAAUCAUUCCUCAACCUGGAACUCUCAUAAACCUCAAUGGCAACCUUGUACAAGUUGCCGGUGUCGGCAAUGCAGUGCAACAACAGCAAAUCGUCAACCAACCCAAUAUUGUUAUGAUGGUGAACAACAGCGGUGCUACUGCCGCUUCCACGUCAUCAGAAGGUGCCACAUCCUCCACAGCAGGUUCUGAUGAGGAGCCCUUACUGUAUGUUAAUGCCAGACAGUAUAAGAGGAUCCUGAAGAGGCGGGCUGCCAGAGCUAAGCUGCAUGAACAGGGGAAGAUACCUAAGGAGCGACCUAAAUAUCUCCACGAGUCUAGACACAGACAUGCAAUGAACAGAAUACGGGGUGAAGGUGGAAGGUUUAAUUCUGGGAGUAGAAAGAACAUGGAGCAAGCUGAAGAAGAAGGCAGUUCAACUCAAAAGUUGAUGGAAGACAUAAAGCCAGAAACUGUUUCUAUCACCAUUAUUCAGGACGGAGAUGAUAUGCAAGAGAACGCCAACACAUGGCGGAGGCUUGCCCCGCAGCCAUUGGGUUCCACAUAGCAGAUGCUGAGCUUCGAAGAAGAUUGAAUUAAUGUGUGACCGCAACGUGGGGGGCGUAUAGAACAAGGUCUUGCGAUGGAGAAACAUUGUUGUGGAGCGGUGUAAAAUUGUUUUUACAAUGGAAGUGAAGUGUAAAUAGUGUACAGCAAAAGGGAAGCAAGAAGAACCGCAUGCUGAUUAUGUUAGGUCCCAGCACCUUCAAAUGACAUGCAAUGUGUAAAUAAAAACUGAAAUAUUACUUCACAUGCUUUAGAGGUACAUUA